AUGUCGUCAAGACCCGCUAAUAAUCAAGGUCCCCCAAACCUCCCUGCCAGAGAUAAGUCCCUCGUGCAGAGGUUUAUGGCAGUAGCCAGGAGCUUGCAGUUUGCAUGGUUUACCGGUCAUUCCGUCGUAUUGAUCAGCUCCAUUUUUUACCUGUUCAAGAUGUCGGAAUUCUAUUACAGAUUGGCAUAUCUCGGUGUCAUUGAAUCCUUCGGUAUCAUUAUCUACCAGCAAUUUUUCACCCGCAAUGAACCAUUGCAAACCCAAGACGCCGCUACCACUAAGGCUUCCGUAAAAUCACGCGUUGCUGGUCUAUUAAAGAGUGAGGACGUGCUGUAUUUAGUUUUAGCCAACUUCUGGUUGUUCACCCCAAGAUUUUCAUUCAGCUUAAUCCCAUUUUUUGCGUUUGCUGUAUUCCAUGUUCUAAUUUACGUUGAAAAAGUCAUCUUACCAAAAGUCUUCCACCUUUCCAGUAAGGAUUCAAGUAAGAUCCUCAGCUUCAUCGACAAGUUCGUUGUUCAAUAUAAUGACUUGUGUAUGCACUGGGUCGGCACCACUGAGCUGCUCAUUUUCAUUUUGGUCCUUUUCAGAGCCAUUCUGUGCUUCCAGAGGUCUUGGAUCAUACUUGUUGUGUACGCUGUGUUUAUCAAGUUGAGGUACGAAAAUUCCAAGUACAUGAAAGCUGCCUUUGCUCAAUGGAGAGUUCGAAUGGAUGGGAUCAUAAGCCACCCAUCUGUUCCACCAUACGUCAAGAGAGCUUACAAUGCAGUCAAGAUGAGCUUGGUCCGCUUGUCCGAGUUCCGCUUAAGUGGUGCCCCACAGGUGACCAAGAAGCAAAAUUGA